UUAUCUACACUGCAAGGCUGAUUCCGCUUAUCAACAACCACGGCAACAUCUCACUGAAGCUCCGACGAUGGAGCUCGCAUUACAGGCACCGGCAACUCUUCCCCGGAGUAAAUUCCACACUACUAAUUUUUCCUAUUCAAACGCCAUCUUCAUUUCUCGCCCCGACAAGCAAACUCUAUUGCCUCAAUUUUCCCGCGAUACCCACUCUCCAUUCCAAGUUCGAGCUAGGCAUUCAACUUACAGGACGCGGAGUUCUGUGUUCAAGAGCCAAUUGGUUAGCGUUAGCGUUAGGGAGGAUGAACUCAUUGAAGAAGAAGAAGAAGAAACAGGCGGUGAAGGGACGAGCUCUUCGUACUCCGACGAUGAGUUAUCCUUUUUGUCUCUGAAUGAGAAGCCUGAUAGGAACUUGACUUUGCUUGACGAUUACGAGAUGGAGGAGCUUGGAUAUGCCUGCGACCCUAACCAUAGAAGCGGAUAUGCGGCUCUAGUAGGGAAGCCGAAUGUUGGGAAGAGUACUCUUGUAAACCAGUUGAUAGGACAGAAAUUGUCAAUUGUUACAGAUAAACCUCAAACGACGAGGCACCGGAUUCUGGGUAUAUGUUCUGGACCGGAGUAUCAGGUGAUACUUUAUGACACACCUGGUGUCAUCGAGAAGAAAAUGCACAAGUUGGAUACCAUGAUGAUGAAGAAUGUACGCAGCGCGGCCAUUAAUGCAGACUGUGUUUUGGUUGUUGUUGAUGCGUGUAAAGCGCCUCAGAAAAUUGAUGAGGUUUUGGAAGAAGGUGUAGGAGACCUCAAAGAAAUGCCUCCCACCUUGCUGGUUUUAAAUAAAAAAGAUUUGAUCAAACCGGGUGAAAUUGCAAAGAAACUUGAGUGGUAUGAAAAAUUUACUAAUGUCGAUGAGGUUAUACCUGUGAGUGCCAAGUACGGCCAUGGGAUAGAAGAUGUGAAAGAAUGGAUACUAUCCAAACUCCCUGUUGGACCAGCCUAUUAUCCAAAGGAUAUAGUAAGUGAGCAUCCAGAAAGGUUUUUUGUUUCUGAAAUUGUUAGAGAAAAGAUAUUCAUGCAAUAUCGCAAUGAAGUUCCUUAUGCAUGUCAGGUGAAUGUGGUGAGCUACAAGAGUAGACCGGGUGCAAAAGAUUUUAUUCAGACAGAAAUUGUUGUUGAGAAAAAUUCUCAGAAAAUUAUUCUCAUCGGGAAGGAAGGAAAGGCUCUAAAACUGCUUGCAACAGCAGCUCGCCUCGAUAUAGAAGAUUUCUUGCAAAAGAAAGUCUAUCUUGAGAUUGAAGUAAAAGUGAGAGAAAAUUGGAGGCAAGAUGAAGGGCUGCUGAAGCACUAUGGUUAUGAAGGACGAAUUCAAGCAUUGUAAAGUUAGAUGGAUUUUAUUUGUUUAAUAUCUGCUAGCAAGUAGUAAGAUGGUUAGUGAUAUCAAUUGAUUGUGAUUGUGUAAGGAGGGAAACUCUAAUACUCUACACAUAAAUGAAGGGCAUUUGUUCAUCAAAGAUGAAA